AUGGCUAUUCCCAUGUUUUUACAGACCAAGAUAUUGAAAGACACCAACCCAAGCCUAGAACUUCCUCAGCCAGUCAAACAGUUCUUAAUAUCACCACCUGCGUCUCCGCCGGUUGGCUGGGAACCUGUGCCAGAAUCUGAACCCGUCAUUGACUAUGACCUUCUUGCUGCACUAGCGAACCUUGCACCAGGUGAAACCCACGAGCUUCAUCCGGCUGAAGGGAAUAAACCAAGCAUCGUUGUUGAACCGUGCGAUGAUCCCAUCUCAAGACGUCCUGUUCCUCAAAAGAUCCAACAAACAAAGAGACCGGACCUUCCAUCUACAUCGUCAUGAUUACCACUAGAAAAUCAUUACAGCUUGAGACAAGGCUACGUGCCUCAACUGUAAAGACUCUUUAAGAUGCUCUGUUGUGGGCAUCACAUAUGAUCAGACAUGGGUGCUCGUAUCGAAAGAGGACCAUUUGAAAGAAAUUUGAAUUAAGGAGAUAAAAACUCAAUUCAAAUCACCAUUUCUUAGACCAGGUACAAAAUAUUUAUUAUACAAUAAGAACAACACACAGAAGAAUUGUGGAUAAAUAAAUUAAGACUUGUAUUUAAGAUUAAUGG